AUGCAACAACAACAAUCCUAUAAUAAUAGUAUUGCAAUAAUAUUCAUUGUAAUCAUUGCAUUCAUUUCUUGCAUGAGUGAAUGUUCUAAAAUAUCAUCUACUACUGCUACUUCUAUUUAUCACUCAUCUACUCCACGUACUAAAAUCUAUGAAAAUACACUUCCAUUUCAAUUAUUAAAAAUUCAAGAAUUAAAUCAACAAUACAAAUUUAGAACUCUAUCUAAAUAUAGUAAUUCCAAAACUACUAAUGCUAAUACAAAUACAAUAAUACCAACCAAUCCAAUAUGGCCAUUACAAUUUAAUGCAACCCUAUUAAAAAUAACACCAUUUAAUACAGAUAUUCAAUGGACAAAAUUAUAUUAUGAUUAUAAAAAUCAAUUAGGUAAAUUUGAUUUUUUUGAUUCCUAUUAUAGUAUGAAUAAUGAAUGGGGUGCAACAAACUUUACAAUUUUAUGGUGGAAUUCAACUGUUUGGUAUAUUUAUCCUAAAACACAAGAAUGUUGGAUUAGAUCUAGAACUUUACCUUUAAUUUCACCUAAUUGGUUACAAAUUACUAAUUAUAUUGGUAGAAGUUUAUUUAGAGGAUUAUAUAGUGAUAUUUGGCAAUUUCCAAAUAUAGAUGAUUUAGAUGGUAUGAAAUAUUAUCAUAGAGUUGCUGAUAAAAUGGAAGAUAGAAUUCCAUUACGUUCUACAAAUCAAGAAAAUGAUCCAGGUGCAACUGAUUAUGUUGAUUUUAUUAUUGGUCAAUCAGAUUUAAAUUUAUAUGAAAUUCCAAAAUAUUGUCCAAAAUAA